UUUUUCAGUUGGUGGAUUGGAUUUGCACCUAAAUGUUUUUGUUUUUUAUUUAAUUUUGUGGGCGUAAAGAAAACAAAUUUUUUAUUAUAAAAGAGUGUUAAAGCUGCUCACAAUGCCAAGACGAAAAUGUACUUUCAAUGAAGAUUUGAGGGCAAAGUUUACUUCUUUUAAAAAAGGAAAAUACGACUGGGAGGUGUGCUGCUCCAUUUGUAAUUGUACAAUUUCAAUUGCAAAUAAAGGUAGAAGGGACAUCGAAGAUCACGUUAAGUCCGAAAAACAUUCCAAAAAUUUACGAGCGUCAACAUCGUCAGCAGCGUUGGAUUCGUUUGUUGUAAGGCGACCGGCAGCUGACCAAAAACAUUUAAAGGCAGCAGAGGCAACAAUUGCAUACCACACUAUUUUUCAUCACCAAUCAUUCAAUUCACUCGAUUGCACCAUCAAAUUAAACCAAAAGAUAUACUUCGACUCAAACAUUUGCAAGCAACUGUCCUGUGCACGAACUAAGGCUACUGCGAUAAUCACCAACGUUAUUGCCCCUUUUUCUAUAUCACAGGUACUAUGUGAUUUAAAAACAAUUGCUUUCAUAAGUGUUCAAACAGAUGCUAGUAACCAUUUAGCCUUGAAAAUAUUCCCUGUUUUAAUAAGAUAUUACGAUUUUAAAAAUGGUGGAACUAAAAGCAAGAUUCUGAAUCUUGCAUUCGAAAAAAAUGAAAAAUCCGACACUAUAACCCAGCUGAUUGUAGAAACUCUUACAAAAAAUAAUUUAUUAACUAAAUGUAUUGGGUUUUGUGCUGAUAACUGCAAUACCAACUUCGGUGGCCGACAGAGGAAAGGUUCGAAUAAUGUGUAUUCGAAGUUGAAAUUAUUAGUAAACCAAAAUAUGAUCAGUGUAGGCUGCCCACCACAUGUAUUGAACAAUGCAAUCUUUCACGGAUGUGAUACUCUCCCCGUUGAUGUUGAUAAAAUCAUUGUUAAAAUAUAUAACUACUUCUCUAUAUAUACUGUCAGAACGGAAAGACUUCGAGAUUUUGCUGAAUUCCUUGACAAUGAAUACAAGCCACUUUUAUACCAUUCAAAAACCAGAUGGCUUUCUUUAUAUCCUGCAGUUGAACGGCUUUUGCUCAUGUUUGAAAUCUUAAAAUCCUAUUUCGAAGAAGUUGAGAACCCACCAAAAAUAUUGAUUGAAUUCUUCAAAGAUGAUUUGAGUGAGGCGUAUUUAUUUCUAGUUCAUUCUCUUAUGUCUAUUUUUAAUUUUAAUAUUCAAAAACUUGAAAAACAAGAUAUAUCUAUUAUUGAGACCGUGAAUGUUUUACAAAAUAUUGUAAGCAAUAUACAAGAACGAAUCAAUAGUAAUUUUAUUCCUAUUAAAAUUAAGUCUAUCAUGAAAAAGCUUGUUGAAUCUGGUUUACAAGAAAAAGUAAACAAAUUUAAAAUUGGUACCAAUAACCUCUAUAAUAUAACUGUCAAAUAUAUUGAAUCCUGGCUAAAACCUUUCGAAGAAUUUAAAGUUUUCUCGUGGAUGCAGUUCAAUGAUAAAAACGUAACGUGGGAAUCAGUUGAACCAUGUUUGAUUUAUAUUCAGGAAAAAGGUGUAAAUGUCGGGGACAGUGCGUUAUUCGAUCAAUUUUGUAAUCUCAAGCACUAUAUGGAUAACCUUUCUCCUUGCGAUGAAACUAAUGUGAACACAAAAUGGACUGAAUUCUUUAAAAGUUGUACGUCCAUAGAAUUAUACAGUGAAUUAAUCAAAAUUGCGGAGUUUUAUUUCGCAAUUCCUAGUCACAAUGCCGAUGUUGAAAGAGUUUUUUCUUUGAUUAAUUCGCAGUGGACAAAAGAAAGAAACAAAUUGGUACCCGACACUGUAAAAGGCAUAAUUUUAACAAAAUUUAAUUUUCAAGCAUUGAGUUGCGAAUCUUUUUAUGAUUCUUUAAUGUCAAGCGAUGGUGAAAUACUUAACAAAAUUAGAAGCAAUGAAAAAUACAAUUAGAAUAGAUCAUUCCCAAAAAUCUUUUCAGUUAAUUAACUAUGCGGGUAUGUAAUUAUAAAAUAUCCAACCUACGGGGUACCUUAAACUUUUUUUUUUAUUUUUAAAUUUCAUUUAUGCAAUGUGUAAAAAUAUAUAUAAUGUGCUAAAUGUUAAUAACUUAACGUAUACAAAAUAUGAAAUGUUCCUAUGAAAUAUGAUGACAGAUGUACCUACGUAAUAUGUAACUAGAUAUGUAACUAUUUAUAAAUUAAUUAAUUUAUUUUUAUUUUUAAAAAAAACUGAAGUACCCAAAUAAAACAAUUUUUUUGAAAAAAGUAAUGUA